AACCGGAACUAGUCAACCUAUACCCGCGUCGCUCGUAAGACCGACAACACAAGACGCUGCACACAAACAUCUUUUUUUGCGUGCUUAUUUUCCGAGUAAAACGACACCAUGCCGGUCACCUGUGCGUCGACGGGGUGCAAUAAUAAGUUUGUGAAGGGGUCGGAAAUCAGAUUUUAUAGGUUUCCACUAAGCAAACCUUCCCUUUCCGCCAAAUGGGUCCAGAGCCUGGGGUUGAAAAACUUCAUCCCAACAGCCAACACCUGCCUGUGCUCAGACCAUUUCGCACCCGACUGCUUCAGGGACUACAAUGGCAAACAGUUCCUUAGGGAGGACGCAGUGCCGACCUUGUUCCCUCUUGGGCAGCCCCAAGACUCUUCAAAGAUCGAACUACGGAAACGGGCCUCAGUGACAUUACCCAGGGAAGCAGGUGCCGCAAAUCAAAUGGCAUCACAAUCAGAGCGAGACAAAGGGCGGGAGCCUGCCAUUCAACGCAGGGACAAAAGAAGCUCAAGAGGUGGACGCGGAGGCCGUGGGGGAAAACAGCUGUCUGAUAGGCAGAACAUCGCAGGCAAGAGCAGAGUUUAUGACAGCAAAGGUCGACUGUUGUCCAACGGCAAGGACCUGUGUGACUGUUUGGACGUGGACUGCACGGGCUGCUUCUAUCCCUGCACCGAGUGUAGCUCACGCAAGUGCGGGUUUGAGUGCCGAUGUAACAGGAAGUGGCUUUACGAGCAGGUAGAAGUGGAGGGAGGUGAGAUCAUUCGUAACAAGUAUGCUUUUUAAUAUCAGCCAAAUAAACACAGACUGUAUAUACCGAACACAAUCGAAUACAAUCUAAUAGAAAGCUAGCAAACAUUUCACACCAUGUUGGAAUCCUCAGUUCUUAUCAGGGGCGGGUACCGUUCACAAGUGUCUUCUACCAAGCAUACUUGCUUUGUUAGUAUUGAAAACUGCAACAUUACUUAGAAGAAGUCUGGCUGAGUCCGCUGUGAGUGCUGCUUGAGUGAGUGAUUGUUUACUUGAACCGUAUGUGAUGUCACUUGCAACAAAGGUAUGUAAAUAUGACAUUGUUUGAUUUGACGUAAAUGGAUACCCAGUAGUACCGAUGUAAUUCGGUCGGUGCUUAUGAAAGUACUGAAUUCGUUACCUAUCCCUAGUUCUUUUUGAUUGACACUGUAGGAGAGGUAUUACGGUUGUCAUACUUUAUAGGUUGGAAGAAUCAUGAUAUUACAGUUUUUUGGAUCUCCUUUGAUUACCAGUACAAGUGUGUCUAACGUUGUGGCCAACAAGUGUAUAACAGAAGGAUGGACUACUUUGAUAAGGCUCCAUCAGGACGAUGGCAGCCUAACCUUCAGAUAUUUCAGCUGCAUCUUGUUGGACUAUAAAGGACUGUUUUAAUACAAUAUUAAUGCUCAAAACUCUCGUUCAUGAUAGAAGAUAGGCAGACAUAUUGCAGUAUUUUUUUUAAAUUUAUAUAGGUUUGCAUUCAACAGCUCUUGCUUUACUAAAAACUUUGUGUCUAAAACCAUGUUAAUAAACUUCAUUUCCAAUAUAAUGUUUCUACUGGUGAUAUACAGAACAUUAUUUUAGGAUGUAAUUUAAAACAAGACAGAUUUUGUGUUUGAUUAUGUGUAUACUCACGUUUUAAUAAUGGAAUUCAGAUGAAAGUUUCAUUAAAUUUUCAGGAGAGUAGCAAUUAAAAAUUCAACUCAUCAAAAUGCAUUUAAUUGUACAGUGCAACACAAUCACACCGGCUGCUCCGGUUAUAAGCAUGGAAUACAAAUGUUUAAAGGGGACCUAUUCUACAUGUUUUACUUUUUAAGACUUAUGUGUAUGUUAAAAUAGUUUAUUCUUAGUCUGUAUGAUUUGGAAAUGCUACAUCAAUUAGGUUGGUGUGUAAAAAAAAAUUGGCCUAUCAUCCACAAUCCGUGAGACAAGAUUACGUGUCUUUCCAUUUUCUGUGCGUGCUAAAUAUUGGAAAAACGGCUUGUAAGAGGCAGCUUUCAAUGCA